AUGAGUCCAAGUUUACUACCGUGUUUGUAUAUGGAGGGAGAAGAGGAUCUGAUGCAUUCUAUAAAACUUGCAGUUGAAUCACUUUACAAAGCAGCUUCUCUAAAAAAUAUGAAGUCUCGGUACACAUAUAAGAGAAUCUCAUCAGAGCUUGCGGUGCUUGGAAGGCCACUGAGCAACAUUGAUGAUUUAAGAUCGAUAAAGAAUGUGGGAAGCAAGACAAUCGAUGCAAUACGGAGAUUUAUUGAUUCCAAGGCAAUAAAUGAUGUAAAAUGCAUUGAUAUGCAUCAAGAUGGCUCUGAUUUAAAUUCUUUGAAUGCGCAUGAAGUAUUAAAAUAUACAGAGGCCGAUAAGAGCAUAUGUGAGAGUAAUUACAUGAGUAAGAACAUUAAAAAACGAGACAUGAGUGCAAAGAAGAGCCGAGUGUAUAUUCCUGGAUACAGAACGGGCGGAUAUGCGAUUCUAAAGGCAUUGUGGAUGAAGGAGGGAAGCACUAAGCAUGGAAUUGCACAUAUUGGCAAGCAUUACUGCGACAUUGAGUUUGAUUUUGCAAGUAGAUAUUCAGCAUGGACAUCGAUGAAGAUGUUGAUUAAUAGAAGACUGGUGUAUAAGGAAGGUAAGUCGAGAUUUUAUCUGACGAAUGAAGGCAAAAUAUUAUGUACAACAAUGUUUGCAAAUACAUCGAUUGUGGAGGAUGUGGAGGAUAGUGUUAUUCUUGUUGUGGACACUCGUGAGAUCAAGAGCAAGAAGAGCAGGUCUUUUUUCCAGGAAUACUUUGAGUCCAAGAGUGUGCGUUAUGAGACAAGAGUGCUUGAGGUUGGAGACUUUAUUUGGAUUUGUAACGAAAAGUUGUGUGGAUGCAUUAUUGAAAGGAAGCGAGGAAGUGACUUUGUAAGCAGCAUUGCAGAUGGAAGGCUGAAAGAACAGAAAAACAGACUGAUGAAUAGCGGAAUAAGACGGGUUUUCUAUCUUGUUGAAGGUCUUAGAGAUAGUCACAUGAAGAGUGUGGGAAAGAGAACGGUGAUGUCACAACUGAUGUCAACAAAGCUUGAAGAGUUUACUGUGAUUGAGACACAGGAUAUCAUGGAUACGUGUUUGGUUAUCUGUGAGAUUGAUGCGCAGAUACGAAGAAAUGCACAGAAGAUCGAAUGUUGGAAAAGCAAGUUAGACGAUAUAUCAGAUGAAAGUGAAGAAGAUGAGCUUGAGAUUAGUUAUGGAAGUUUUAUUGAAAACAAUACAAAGGCAGGCCGAAAAGGACCUGUACACUUUCUGUAUAUGGCAUUGCUGUCAAUAAGAGGCAUAAGUCACCAGAAAGCAAGUGCAAUUGCAAAUCACUAUAUGUCUAUUGAAGAAAUUGCAAGACGCUUGAGUGAUGCAAGUGGUGUUGAAGAGCUCCGCAUGAUUGAGAUUGAUGGAAAGAAGAUGACGAGCAGAAAUGUUGAGAAUGUGAUUGAGUAUUUUGUAAGAGAAUAG